AUGGGGGAUGUGAAACUGGUGACAUCUACUCGAGUCUCCAAAACCUCCCUGACGCUCAGCCCCCCUGUCCCUGCUGAAGCACCAGCAUUUACUCUUCCCCCUCGGAAUAUUCGAGCACAGCUGGGAGCCACUGCAAGAUUUGAGGGAAAGGUCAGAGGCUACCCCGAGCCUCGGAUCACAUGGUACAGAAAUGGGCAUCCUGUCCCAGAGGGAGACCGUUAUGUCGUGGACCACAGCAUUCGGGGGAUAUUCAGCUUGGUAAUCAAAGGCGUACAGGAAGGUGAUGAUGGUAAAUAUACCUGUGAGGCUGCAAAUGAUGGUGGGGUUCGUCAAGUGACCGUGGAACUGACAGUGGAAGGAAACUCCUUGAAGAAAUACAGCCUACCAUCCAGUGCCAAAACCCCUGGGGGAAGACUUACUGUUCCAUCUGUGGAGCAUAGGCCAAGCAUCUGGGGAGAGAGUCCACCCAAGUUUGCUACAAAACCCAAUAGAGUCGUUGUGCGUGAAGGCCAAACAGGCAGAUUCUCAUGUAAAAUAACAGGACGACCUCAGCCUCAAGUAACUUGGUUUAAGGGUGAUACUCAGUUGCAGCAAAAUGAGCGUUUCAACAUGUUUGAGAAAACAGGCAUCCAGUUCUUGGAAAUCCAACAUGCUCAGCUUGGUGAUUCAGGAAUUUACACAUGCAUGGUGAUAAACAGCGCUGGGAAGGCAUCUGUGUCUGCAGAGCUCACCGUUCAAGGUCCAGAUAAGACUGACAUAUAUGCUCAGCCACCAUGCAUGCCAUCAAAACCAGCAACACUUGCUGUUAAAGCCGUUGAAAAUUCAGAAUUCAAACAGGCAACUAGCAAUGGGAUUGCUAAAGAGCUGAAAUCCAGCAGCACUGAACUCAUGGUUGAAGCCAAAGACAGCAUGUCAGCAAAGAAAGAGACCUUCUACAUCACCAGAGAAGCCAAAGACAGUAAGCAGGGACAGCACCAAGAAACCAAUCCAGUGUCUCCUCAAGAACUCAAAGAAGGAAAAAAGGGAUCUCAGGUCUUGCAGAAAACUUCAAGCACCAUCACACUACAAGCUGUAAAACUGCAACCAGAACCAAAGGCAGAACCCCAGGACUCUUUCAUGAGGCAGGGUGAAGACAGGAAAAGGGCUGUGCAGCCCCUGAUGUCAGCUCAACAAACCCCAUCCCUGACAGGACAACUCAGUCCAAGGAGCAGAGAAGCAGAAUACAGAUGUGGAACCCGGAAGGCUGUAAUGGAGGAGAAAAGGGAGCCUCUCGGAAUUCCCCCUCAGUUUGAGAGCCGUCCACAGAGCCUGGAAGCAUCAGAAGGCCAGGAGAUUAAAUUCAAGAGCAAAGUUUCAGGAAAACCAAAACCAGAUGUGGAGUGGUUCAAAGAGGGUGAACCUAUUAAAGCUGGAGAAGAUGUACAAAUAUAUGAAGAAGAUGGAAUUCAUUGCCUAUGGUUAAAGAAAGCCUGUUUGGGGGACAGUGGAUCUUAUAGCUGUGCGGCUUUCAACCCCAAAGGCCAGACUUCCACCAGCUGGUUGUUAACUGUCAGAAGACCUAAAGUUCAAGAAGUUGCUCCAUGCUUUUCCAGUGUCUUGAAAGGAUGCACUGUGAGUGAAGGGCAAGACUUUGUGCUGCAGUGCUGUGUAGCAGGCACACCUGUGCCUCAGAUCACAUGGCUUCUCAAUGACCAACCAAUUCAGUAUGCCCAUUCCACUUUUGAAGAUGGAGUUGCAAAAUUGACUGUCCAAGAUGCCCUACCAGAAGAUGAUGGCAUUUAUACCUGUCUGGCUGAAAACAACACAGGACAGGCAUCUUGCAGUGCUCAGGUCACAGUCAAAGAAAAGAAGAGCAGCAAGAAGGCAGAAAGUGCACAGGCUGCCAAGUUAAACAAGACUUUUGCACCCAUCUUCCUUAAAAGCCUGACUGACCUCAAAGUAAUGGAUGGAAGUCAAGUGAUAAUGACUGUGGAGGUAUCAGCCAACCCACCUCCUGAAAUUAUCUGGCUGCACAACGGGAAAGAAAUCCAGGAGACAGAAGAUUUCCACUUUGAGAAGAAAGGCAAUGAGUACAGUCUGUACAUCCAGGAAGUAUUUCCUGAAGACACAGGGAAAUACACCUGUGAAGCCUGGAAUGAAUUAGGAGAAACUCAAACCCAGGCUACAUUGACAGUACAAGAACCUCAGGAUGGAAUCCAGCCCUGGUUCAUUAGCAAACCAAGAUCAGUAACAGCAGCUCCUGGGCAAAACGUCCUUAUAUCCUGUGCCAUUGCUGGAGAUCCUUUCCCCACUGUUCACUGGCUUAAAGAUGGGCAAGAAAUAGUGCCAGGAACAGCAUGUGAAAUCCUGCAAAAUGAAGAUAUCUUCACACUGAUCUUGAGAAAUGUGCAGUCUCGUCAUGCAGGGCAAUAUGAAAUUCAGCUCAGGAACCAAGUUGGAGAAUGCAGCUGCCAGGUGUCUCUGAUGCUGCGGGAGAGUUCAGCUUCCAGAGCAGAAAUGCUCAGAGAUGGGAAGGAAUCAGCCAGCUCUGGAGAGCGAAGAGAUGGUGGAGAUCAUGGUAAACUAAUAUUUGGUAGAACAAGUGGCUUCAAAAAGAACAGCAGUGAAACCAGAGCAGCUGAGGAAGAGCAGGAAGACGUCCGAGGUGUGCUGAAGAGGCGAGUAGAAACUCGGGAACACACAGAGGAGAGCCUGAGGCAGCAGGAAGCUGAGCAACUUGAUUUCCGUGACAUUUUAGGCAAGAAAGUCAGCACCAAAAGCUUUUCUGAGGAGGAACUGAAAGAAAUCCCAGCCGAGCAAAUGGACUUCCGAGCGAACCUGCAGAGACAGGUCAAACCCAAGACCUUGUCAGAGGAGGAAAGGAAAGUUCAUGCUCCUCAGCAGGUGGACUUUCGCUCUGUGCUGGCCAAGAAAGGCACCCCAAAAACUCCAUUGCCAGAGAAGGUGCCACCUCCUAAACCUGCCAUUACAGAUUUCAGAUCUGUGCUGGGCUCAAAGAAAAAGCCACCUGCAGAAAAUGGCAGUGCUAGCACUCCAGCACCAAAUGCCCGCACCAAUACAGAAGCCCAGAAUGCAACCCCCAACUCUCAAGCCCCUGUUGUCAAACCAGCAGUGAAAAAAGAAGAGAAGAAUGACAGAAACUGUGAACAUGGGUGUGCAGUGGUGGAUGGUGGAAUAAUUGGGAAAAAAGCUGAAAACAAAGCACCAGCAAGCAAACCACCUGCAAAAAGCAAACCACCAGCAAGCAAAGGAACAGCACCUUCCUUUACAGAGAAGCUUCAGGAUGCUCAAGUAGUAGAUGGUGAAAAAUUGGUCUUAAAAUGUCGAAUUUCCUCUGAUCCCCCUGCAGCUGUCAGCUGGACUCUAGACAGCAAAACCAUCAAAUCAUCAAAGUCCAUUGUCAUCUCCCAAGAAGGGACACUCUGUUCACUCACCAUUGAGAAGGCCAUGCCUGAAGAUGGGGGCGAAUACAAGUGCAUAGCUGAGAAUGCAGCAGGAAAAGCUGAAUGUGCUUGCAAAGUGCUGGUAGAAGAUGCCUCAUCCACAAAGACCUCAAAGGCUGCCGAGAAGAAGACCAAAAAGCCCAAGACCACACUUCCCCCUGUGCUGCCAACAGAGAGCAGUGAAGCAACAGUGAAGAAGAAACCAGCUCCAAAGACUCCUCCAAAAGCAGCUACUCCUCCUCAGAUUACUCAGUUCCCAGAAGACAGAAAAGUCCGUGCAGGUGAAUCAGUGGAACUGUUUGCCAAGGUGGUAGGAACGGCACCCAUAACUUGCACCUGGAUGAAAUUCCGUAAGCAGAUUGAAGAAAAUGAAUACAUUAAAAUUGAGAAUGCUGAAAACAGCAGCAAGCUAACAAUAUCAUUGACAAAGCAGGAACACUGUGGAUGUUACACCCUAGUCGUAGAGAACAAACUCGGCAGCAGACAAGCACAAGUCAACCUUACAGUUGUUGAUAAACCAGACCCACCUGCUGGAACACCCUGCGCAUCAGACAUACGGAGUUCCUCCCUCACUCUCUCGUGGUACGGUUCCUCUUAUGAUGGUGGAAGUGCAGUGCAGUCCUACACUGUGGAGAUCUGGAACUCAGUGGAUGACAAAUGGACAGAUCUCACUACCUGCCGCAGCACCUCUUUCAACGUGCAAGACCUGCAGGCUGACCGGGAGUACAAAUUCCGUGUGCGAGCUGCUAACGUGUACGGCAUCAGUGAGCCCAGUCAAGAAUCUGAGCUGGUUAAAGUUGGAGAGAAACAAGAAGAACUUAAAGAGGAUGAAGCGGAGCUCUCUGAUGAUGAAGGGAAAGAAACAGAGGUCGAGUAUCGGACGGUUACUAUCAACACUGAACAAAAAGUUUCAGAUGUCUAUAAUAUUGAAGAAAGACUGGGAUCGGGAAAAUUUGGACAAGUCUUUAGGCUUGUUGAAAAGAAGACUGGAAAAGUUUGGGCAGGAAAAUUUUUCAAAGCAUAUUCUGCGAAGGAAAAAGAAAACAUAAGAGAUGAAAUCAGCAUCAUGAACUGUCUACAUCAUCCAAAACUUGUCCAAUGUGUAGAUGCCUUUGAAGAAAAAGCCAACAUCGUUAUGGUCUUGGAAAUGGUUUCUGGAGGAGAACUCUUUGAACGAAUCAUUGAUGAAGACUUUGAACUGACAGAAAGAGAGUGCAUAAAAUAUAUGAAGCAGAUUUCAGAAGGAGUUCAGUACAUCCAUAAGCAGGGUAUUGUCCACUUGGAUUUGAAGCCAGAAAAUAUUAUGUGUGUCAACAAGACCGGUACAAGUAUCAAACUCAUUGACUUUGGACUUGCAAGAAGAUUAGAAAAUGCAGGUUCUCUGAAAGUUCUCUUUGGGACACCUGAGUUUGUGGCUCCAGAAGUUAUAAACUAUGAACCUAUUGGAUAUGAAACAGAUAUGUGGAGUAUAGGAGUUAUCUGCUACAUUUUGGUCAGCGGACUUUCUCCUUUCAUGGGAGACAACGACAAUGAAACUCUAGCCAAUGUUACCUCAGCAACGUGGGACUUCGAUGAUGAGGCUUUUGAUGAAAUCUCUGACGAUGCCAAGGACUUUAUCAGCAAUCUACUAAAGAAAGACAUGAAGAGUCGCUUAAAUUGUACUCAAUGUCUUCAGCAUCCUUGGCUGCAAAAAGAUACCAAAAACAUGGAAGCAAAAAAACUUUCCAAAGAUAGGAUGAAGAAAUAUAUGGCCAGAAGAAAAUGGCAGAAAACAGGCCAUGCUGUCCGAGCAAUAGGAAGACUGUCAUCCAUGGCAAUGAUUUCUGGUAUGAGUGGGAGGAAGGCCUCUGGGAGCUCGCCGACCAGCCCUAUAAAUGCAGACAAAGUAGAGAAUGAAGAUGCCUUCCUUGAAGAAGUGGCUGAAGAAAAGCCCCAUGUAAAGCCAUAUUUUACUAAAACAAUCCUUGACAUGGAGGUUGUGGAAGGAAGUGCUGCUAGGUUUGACUGCAAAAUUGAAGGCUAUCCUGAUCCUGAGGUCAUGUGGUACAAAGAUGAUCAGCCUGUCAAGGAGUCCCGUCACUUCCAGAUAGAUUAUGAUGAGGAGGGGAACUGUUCUUUGACUAUUUCUGAAGUAUGUGGGGACGAUGAUGCCAAAUACACCUGCAAAGCUGUUAACAGCCUUGGGGAAGCCACGUGCACCGCAGAACUCCUUGUGGAAACAAUGGCAAAAGAAGGAGAAGAGGAAGAUGAGGAGGAGGAAGAAUGAAACAAGGCUCAAAGAAAAAAAA